AUGGUGCUGAUAAUCUCUAUCUGCCUCAAACGUCGACUAUUCACGGAUCCUGUGUAUGUUUUUUCAAAGCUACAAGACAGUUCUAACGUUAAACAUUUUCAGUCGGAAACUAAGCAUUAGCAAACAUCAGAACGCUAAAGAUCUGCGCUAUGCCCUAGAUUUUGCUUUCUCAGAUUUAAUCCUUAAUAUUCUCACGUAAGUCUGGAUAGAGCCAACUUCUAAAUAACCACUGUAAGCAUCAAUUGCUUUCAGGAUAUUUGUCAAUCCGAAGAAAACUCUAGGAGCCCUCCGACGGUGCGGAGUUCUGUUCAAGCGGAAACGGACAUAG